UCUGCAGCCAGACAUGGCCGGAGCUGCCGCCCCAGCCGCCGCCGCGCUGGCCGCCGUCGCCGUACUCGCCGCCGCCUCCGCCGCCACCACCCACGGAACGACGGACACUGGACGUCCCCGCAUGGCGUGGGACUGGCUGCAGGCUUCGCCGCGCAUGCGCCGUGAUGCCCUGGGAGACAUGAUGCUGGCGCACGUCAUCGAACACCCUUGGAUUGUAAUGCCCCUCGCAGCGGUGGGCUCGGCGCCAGUGGGGGCGGCGCCGCCCCCCGCGUCGCGGCGCCAGAGCAUGCCCACGUUCACGCCGCGGCUGGGCCGCGACUCCGCGGGCGACGACCUGGCCGAAGAGGAGGCGGAGGGCGACGGCGACGCAGACGGCGGGCACGGCCAGGGCCAGCUGCAGCUGGCGCCGCCCUUCUGGCCGCGGCCCGGCCGCCACGCGCCGCCCUUGCCGCUCACCCCCAGGCUGGGCAGGGCCGCCCACCAGGCCACCCCGGCCGCUUCCGGCGAGCCCACCAGCGCGUAGCUCCUAGCAGCGCAGCCACUCGUGUAGUCACACAAUAAAACACACCGUUGAGCACAUUCUUUCGUCUUUAAUUUCGACCCACCCUCUGUCUCUACCACACAGGUCAGCAAAAUGUAAUUUUGAUUAAGAAAGGUUCCUGGGCCUAAAACACAUAGUAAGUGUUGUGUACAUAGUUCCGCGUAGUCAGCGCGUACACAACUUUCCCACUAGAGCGCGCCCCGCUAAGCACAACAGCGCAGGCGCAGCGCUCGUCCGUCUCCGCACUACGAGAUGGCGCUGUCUUAGAGACGGACCAAAUUCUGCUUCCGUCGAUCCGCGUACUAAUAUGUCACGCUGCCAAUGAGAUUGCUGUUAACGUAGAACCUUUUCUCCUCGCGGAUCACACUCGCGCAGUGAUACCUGAACGCGCGAGGUAUUAUAACGAGUGUACAGACCUCCAAUUAGCCAGUCUGCAUUAGUCUGCACCAGUCUAUAGGCAAGUUUCAGUCUGCGCCUAAUAAGAUUAUCAUAUUCCUGUACAUAACCAUGAAGAGAAAUGUAUAGACACUUUGUAAAGUAUCAGAGAUAUGUCAGAAUAAGAUUAACGUACCAAGACCCAAAGGAACUUCAGAUUGUCAAUUGUAAAUAGCAUCCAGAACCAAGUUAAGUUAUUUUUAUGCUUGUUAUUAUUUUAAUAAAUGUGUGUGAAAAUUAAUCAAGUUCUGUUUCAAGUUGGUCACCGUCAAUCUGCUACUCUAAGCGUGCAAGUGGCAUUUCUAUCGUCUGACCUAAUGGCAGAAG